UUUCUCCAGCGUGUGGCGCCCCCCGGCGGCAGCGGGGCCUCCAUGGGAUAAGCGGACCAGAGCGCCUGCCAUGGAGCCGCAGAAAGAGGCGCGAACACCCGGGGACCCCGUCGAGCAGCCGCGUGGGGCCUCGAGGUCUCAGACGCCUAAGGAGGAGGAGCGGCGGGAGGGCGGCGCAGCGCCGCCGGCGGCUGCCCCGGGAGCGGAGACGGACUGCGCCAGUGCGGACGGCCUGUGGGAGCUGCCGGUGGAGCCGGCCGAGCGGAGGCCCGAGUGCAGUCGCUGCAGCCGGCCUCAGAAAGUAUGUUUGUGUCCAUUUCUACCAGUGCAUCCUCUGCACAUCUCUACCCACUUGUACAUAAUUCAGCAUCCAGCAGAGGAAAACAAAGUGUUGCGGACAGUUCCUCUGCUAGCAGCAUGCCUCCCUCAGGACAAGUGUAAAGUCAAGAUUGGUCGUCGCUUCAGUGAAGAAAGAGAUCCUGAACUUUCAACUGUUUGUCGGAAGUCUGGUACAUUAAUAUUGUAUCCAGGGGCUGAAGCUGCUAAUUUGGAAGAAUUUAUAUUAGAUUCUCCUAUUUAUCCUACCACAAUCAUCAUCAUCGACGGUACAUGGAGCCAGGCUAAGGACAUUUUUUAUAAGAACUCCUUGUUCCGAUUGCCCACUCAGGUGCAGUUAAAAACUAGCAUUUCUAGUCAGUAUGUAAUUCGGACACAGCCAACUAAUAGGUGCCUUUCUACACUGGAGUGUGCAGCUGUUGCUCUUUCCAUCUUGGAGAAAAAUAUUUACAUACAAGAGACAUUGCUUCGCCCUCUUCAAGCUUUAUGCUCUUUCCAGCUUCAGCAUGGUGCUCAAAUUCGUCUCAGCAAGGAACAUCUUCUGAAAAACGGAUUGUAUCCUAAGCCAAUGCCAAAGAACAAACGCAAACUCAGGAAAAUGGAACUGUUAAUGAACAGUAUUAAAAUUUAGUACAGUUGUUCUUAUGGUGCUAGUUAUGGCGUCUUCAGCUGACAACCCUAAGUUAAGUUUUCAUUUAGUUUAAGUCUGGGUUUUUGGCUGUCUAAAGAAUGAGAGUUGUGUACUAAACUUGCCCAGAAGAAGGAAGUAAACCAAAUAGCCAUAAGAGGAAGCAAAACAAAACAAAAAUCGCUGACUCAGUAAAAAGCAAGAUUUCAUACUGUAUUUGUUUUUAAAAAUGUGCCUCUACUACAUUUUUUAAAGUCUGUAAUUUGAAAUAUGAUUAGUUGUUGAACUGGAUUGGAAGUUCUUGUUUAUAAAAUGGAAGGAAAUUGUUGUGCCUGAUUGGGACAGUAUUGUUUCCAUUAAUGAUUAUAGAUAAUUAGGUGUAGGCUUAUAGUGGAGGAUACCUGCAUCAGUUUUCAAAAUUGUACAUGAACUUUGUAGUUUGAAAAUAAUGAUAAUCAAGUAGUUUAGAUUGAACUUAUUUAUUUCAUAAAAUAGUGUAACAGAAUAAGGAAACCAUUCUUUAGGGACUCAACUUGAGCUCAGUUAAUGUGAUUAGGUGUUCUAUUAAUUGCCUUAAUUUUUUUUUAUUAAGGUAUAGUUGAUAUAUAACAUUGUAUUACUUUCAGAUGUGCAACAUAAUGAUUUGAUACAGUCAUCUGUCACUUAACAACAUGGGUAUGUUCUGAGAAAUGUGCCCUUAGGCAAUUUCAUCCUUGUACAAACAUCGUAGAGUGUACUUGCACAAACCUAGAUGGGGU